AUGAGUUCCGUGAGAGCAGCCGUCAGUUAUACGAGUUCCCGCAUACAGGAUGCUGUAAAGUUACGCCUUGAUAAAGAAGAUUUGACUUUGUACAAGAUUCAAACUAUACCAGAAGUUUUCGAACAAGCUUGCAAACUGCAUGGAGGUAUGCGCGCUUUGGCCUUCAAGAGUGUAGGAACAUCUAACGACUGGCGUUAUAUGACUUAUAAGGAAUAUAGUCUUCAGGUAGACAAGGCCGUCUUACUUCUUCUCCGUUCAGGUAUAAGACCCCGAACAACUAUAGCUAUUUUAAGUAGUAAUUGUUCUGAAUGGCUUUACCUUGAAAUGGCUGCCUUAAAAAUCGGUGCUGUCGUGAUGGGCAUCUACCCUACUAGCUCUACAAAAGCUGUUCACUACAAGCUUAAGAUCUCUGAAGCUUUCGUGUGCGCUGUGGACACUAUUGAUCAAAUGGCAAAAGUUAAUGAAGUUGCAUUACAUUUGCCUGAUCUAAAAGCUGUUAUCGUGUUGGGGGAUGCUUUUGAAUAUACACCACAUCAAAAUUUAAGUUAUUAUCAUUGGACGGAUUUAAUCGACACCCAAUUUACGAAAGAUUUGGAAGAGAAAUUUUUGGAAUACCGAAAGGCGGUAUAUGCUAAUGAGUGCGCCAUACUUGUCUUUACAUCCGGAACCACUGGUAUGCCUAAGGGUGUUAUGCUUUCCCAUGAUAAUAUUAUAACCUCCGUUAAGAAAGUCUUAACCCUCGUCAAGCUCGAUAGUAGUAAUUUAGUAUCAUACUUGCCUUUGAAUCACGUCGCGGCCCAAAUGUUCGAAGUAUUCUUUGGACUUAUGACUGGAUCUUGUCUGCAUUUUUCUGAUCGCGAAGCCAUAAAGGGACGACUCGUUGAUGCAUUAAUACAUAUUAAGCCCGCAAUGAUGUUUGGUGUACCGCGAAUUUUUGAAAAAAUACGAGAUAAAAUUCUAUACGAAAAGAAAAAAUCCAAUCAAGAUAUGGAUUCUAUAAAAACCAAUUUGGGGUUUGAAAAUUUAAAAACGUUUAUUGUUGGUGCAGCAUCAUCAGAUCCAGAACUGAAACGUUUCUAUUUAGAUAUAGAAAUGCCUUUAAUGGACGCUUUUGGUUUGUCUGAGACAAGCGGAGGUGUUACUUUAAACAAAGAGUUCAACAAUUUCCAAACCGUAGGUAAACCAAUAUCAGGUUUAGAAAUCAAAAUUAACAAACCAGAUAAACAGGAUGAAGGAGAGAUUUUCCUUCGAGGGCGGAAUGUAUUCAUGGGUUAUUUAAAUAAUGAAAAUAAAACCCAAGAGACCAUACAAGCAGAUGGUUGGCUUCGUACGGGUGAUUUAGGUUAUUUAGAUCCAAAUGGCUGCUUAUUUUUAAAAGGUCGCAUUAAAGAUAUAAUAGUAACUUCAGGGGGUGCAAAUGUACCGCCGUUGCGUAUCGAGCAAAUAAUUAAAAAAGAAUUGCCUUGCGUUAGCAAUGCUUUCGUUGUGGGUGACGGAAGGAAAUACUUAACCGUUCUAUUAACCUUUAAGACUUUUGUAGACGUCCACAGUGAUAUUCCUUUAGACGACUUAAGCCCAGAAACAGUAGAUUGGUUUAAAAGCUUGGACUUUGAUUUCAAAUAUCUGUCAGAAGUUUUAAACGCUGCUAAGUUACUUCAGCCGAGCAUUUAUGGGAAAAUCAUGCAAGCUUUAGAGAGCGGUCUUAAAAAAGCUAAUGAUCAGGCGUUAUGUAAUAGUCAAAAGGUGCAAUAUUUCACAGUAUUACCUAAUGAUUUUUCUGUACCAACCGGCGAAUUAGGACCAACUUUAAAAGUUAAACGUAACGUGGUCUUGGAAAAAAACAAAAUUUUAAUUGAUACGAUGUAUUCCGAAAAUGCUUCCAAUAAAUUUGCGGUCUAA